ACCGUAGAAGAAGGAGUGGCAGUCACCGCAGAAGAAGAAGCAGCUGCGAGUUUGGGCUUCAACUCCGAAUUUCAGUGUCAAACCGAGGUAGAACCGCCGCGCGGACUCCAUUACACAGAACCGGGCCCGGACCCAGCGGGGCUGCGCGGUCCCACCCGUGAAACGAGUUCAGAGAGUCCCCAGACCAGUCAGACCACAUGGAUCCCCAGCAAGGAGCUCCAGGACUCCCUGGUGGACAUGUACACAGCUAAUCCCAGAGUGAAUGUGGAGCUGCGACAACGUCUACCUUCACGUGCCAGAAACCAGCUGAUCAGCCCCGACAGAUCAGGGAUCAGCCUGAACCAAGACUUGAACACCUGGCCUCGAGCUCCACAGCACCUCCAGGAGCUGUCGACCUCCUGCUCUCCCUCCCCUCCAUCCCAUAGGCAGUCAGCCUCUCCUGUCUCACCUCCACCCUUCAGGAGGUCUGUUUCUCCUGUCUCACCCCUCUUCCAGAGGAGGUCUGUGUCUCCACUGUCCUCCAGGCAUUCAGGAGGUGCAGGAGAGAUGGAAGUGGACCUUUCCCCCAGCAGAGGUCCUUCUCCUUGGGCACAGAGCUGUGGCGAUGCCACAGAUGAGGGUUCAGCGCCCAGAGGCCCUGGUAGUCCCUCCCUUAGAAGACACCUGGUUACUGCUGUGGACAGCUCUCAUCAGUCCCCUGCAUCAACUUGGCCUCAGAGCUUCGACCGAGACAAAAACAUCUCAUUCUUACUGAAGGAGCUCGACGCUGUGAGAGAGAUCAACAACAAGCUGCAAGAGCAGCUUGUUCAGAAGGAGAAAGAGCUGCAGAGGAGGGAGGUGGAGGAGGAGCUGAGGGAGGAGCAGAGAGAGGCCCGAGACUGGGAGAGACCUGCAGCGGUGUUAGAGGAGGUGCUUACAGCUCAGAAGGACAGAGAUCAGGCUCUGAUGUCACGACUCCUGCUGGCCAAUGAGGAGAGAGAUGAGGCUUUGCUUCGUUUGCGCCGACUGCAGCAGGCAGCUGAGUCAGAGGGCUUCCAUCUGGACGACACCAACCAGGAUGUGGAUGAGCUCCUGCAGCGUGUCUGUGAAGCAGACUCCGUCCUCGAAAUCCGGCAGUUCGGCUCAGCUCUGGUUCAACGUCUGCAGUUGGCACGGCAACGGCGAAGUGAUAUCACAGUUCAAGAGAUGAAGGCCGUGAUGGAGGAGAGGGACGGCUCUGUGGCAAAGUGGAAACGCAUGGAACAGGAAAUGCUUCAGGGUACAGAGCAGCGGGCAAGUGAGGAGCUGCUGAGGCUGCAGAGGGAGAGAGACACCGCUCUGGAGGACCGACGGCGGCUGGAGGCUGAGAUUCAGGCACUACGAGCCAAUCACAGCUCUCAGGACAUUGCUCCGCCCUACCAGCCCUCUCCUGAGGCCCCGCCCCUGAUGGACCAGCUGCAGCAGCUGGCAAAGGAGAAGCAGACCAUGGAGGUGGAGCUUCAGCGCUGCCAGGAGGCGGAGCGCGAGGCCAGCGAAAGAGUCCGCAGGUUGGAGCGUCUGGUCGAAGUGCUGAGGAAGAAAGUCGGGACAGGAAGUGUCCGCGCCGUCAUCUGAGCUCUCUGAUGUAUUGAUGCCUUUCUGUAUUGAUCAUUAAACUAUUUGCUGAUCAUUUUCUUAUUUUUUAUCUGAAAACAGCUGCAGCUCAGUUCUAAUUAUGAUUAAGAGUAUUAUUAUUAUUGCUGCCCUGAUGAAGCUUCAGUGUUUCCUUUUUCUUUUUUUAUUAGAUUAAAAACCAAAGACAGUUUAAACUUUGUUUUCUGGUGAAAUCGUGAAGGAAUUAAAAAUUUCUCUUCUGCUUUUUUGUUGAUCUGAAGUCUCAAAAUCGAUCAAAUGUUUUUUAUGGCAUUUAAUAAA